AUGACUUCCAUCAGCGGCGAAUGUGACGCCAAGUUCGCCAAUGUGAGGCAGCUUUUGCAGCAGCAGUUGGCUUCCGGAGACGAACUAGGCGCAUCAAUCUGCGUCAAUAUCAACGGCAAAACAGUCGUCGAUAUUUGGGGAGGACACGUCGACGCCGACCGCACACAGGCUUGGACAAAGGACACAUUGUGCGCCGUUUGGUCAACGACAAAGUGUGUGACGAACCUCGCUGCGCUGGUAUUGAUUGAUCGCGGGCUUCUUGGUCCAGACGAAAAGGUUGCCACGUACUGGCCGGAAUUCGCGGCAAAUGGAAAGGAAAACGUCGAGGUCCGGCACUUGUUGAGCCACACGUCGGGCCUGGCGGCUUGGGACAGCCCGGUCACGGCCGAGGAUAUCUACAAUGUGCCAGACGCUGCGGCAAGGCUGGCCGGCCAGUCGCCUUGGUGGACACCGGGUACGGCUUCUGGAUAUCAUCUCGUAAGCCAAGGCCACCUCGUGGCAGAACUCGUCAAAAGAGUCAGUGGCAAGUCGCUCAAGGAAUUUGUUCGGACAGAGAUUUCGGAGCCUCUCGGUGCCGACUUUCAUAUAGGCGCCCAAGAGAAGGAUUGGGAACGAAUCUGUGAUGUGAUUCCGCCCCCGCCGCCGUCCACACCCUCGGGGAAUGUCGACAUGGAUAGUGUCCAGACGGCGGCGUUCAUGGGUACUCCCAUGAAAGCAGAGUACGCGGGGACUCCCGAAUUUCGCAAGGCGGAAAUGGGUGGCAUGGGCGGUUUUGCCAAUGCUCGGUCCAUCGCGGCCAUCCUUUCAGUCAUCAGCCUCGGUGGCUCUGUAGGUGGGAAACGACUCCUCUCGGAGAGGACAAUAGAUUUGAUCUUCAAAGAGCAGGCCAGUGGCAACGAUUUGGUUCUCCGUGUUCCAAUUACGUGGGGGACUGGAUUCGCUCUCCCCAAUGGAUCCGUGCCGAAUGGAUGGUUUCCAAAGGGCCGAAUCUGUUACUGGGUUGGAUGGGGUGGUUCCGCCGGUGUCAUGGACUUGGAUCGGAAGAUGACUAUAGGCUACGCUCCUAAUAAGAUGGGCGAGGGGGUGGUUGGGACCGCGCGCACCGAGGCAUACGUUCGCGCGAUAUAUUCAGCAUUGUCCGAAUCUGGGAUAUCCGGCUAG